CUAUAAAAGCGAUUAUCGAUCCAUGGCAAUCAGUUCAGUGCAGAAUUGGAACCCGUCUUGGGUAGUGAUCGAACGUUAUACCUCAUCUGUGCAGGAAUAUUCUUCUCAAUUCAGGAAUCAAGGAUAGGCAACGGACAACAAGAUGAAUAAGUUUCUGGUUUUGGCGGUCUUCGCAGUAUUAACGGUUUCUCUGGCGCACGCCGGAGGAUACGGAUCCGGAGGUCAAGGUAGUUCUGGUAAAAAUACUUACACAAAACAUGGUGAAGGAGGAGGUCACGGAGGUGGCUUUAAUCAAGGAGGCGGUGGUGGCUUCGGACCAGGAGGAGGCGGUGGACACGGAGGUGGCUUCGAUCAAGGAGGUGGCUUCGGACAAGGAGGCCACGGACAGCAAGGAUUUGGCGGAGGCGGCAGCCAAGGAGGUGGCUUCGGAGGUGGUCAGGGAGGUGGUCAUGGAGGUGGCUUCGGAAGUGGCGGUCAUGGACAGCAAGGAUUCGGUGGGGGCGGCAGCCAUGGUCAAGGUGGAUUCGGCGGUGGACAAGGAGGUGGUCAUGGGGGUGGUUUCGGACAAGGUGGACAUGGUCAACAUGGAUACAAGAAGCAUGGAUAUUAAGUAUGGAAAAUAAAAACAGCGUUUGAUUUUUGAAAA